GGCAAUAACCACAACUAACGGCGGCCUCCUCCUCCACUCCUCCCUCCCCCAGCAGCGGCACUACCGUAAAGCUGACCGCCCCUAUUGGCGACACCGUCGUGCCAAGGUGCGUUGACGGCAGCACAGGCACGUCACGUGGUGCUCCAUGGCGGCGGCAUGAAGCGGCCGAAAUUGAAAAAGGCCAGCAAGCGCCUCUCUUGCCACAAGAAGUACAAGAUCCAGAGGAAGGUACGUGAACAUAAACGCAAAGUACGAAAGGAAGCAAAGAAACAUGGAAAUAAAAACAAAAAAUUUCGAAAAGACCCGGGUGUUCCUAAUGAUGCUCCAUUUAAAGAGGACAUUCUUCGCGAAGCUGAACAAAGAAAACAAAAACUUGAAGAACUGAAGCAGAAACAAAAGCUUGCCAGACAGAAAGAAGUUGCAAAGAAAAGGAAACUGGAAGCCAAGAAGGAAAAUCCUGAAAUAACUGAGAAACCUCUUACGUGUGCUACUGUAAAGGAACAGAAAAAGGUAGUCAAAUUUGAAGAGAGAAACUCAAGAAAAUCUCUAUAUGGAGAACUGAACAAGGUAAUUGAUGCCUCAGAUGUGGUUCUAGAAGUGGUUGAUGCCAGAGAUCCUCUUGGUUACAGAUGUCCUCAGGUGGAGCAGGCAAUCUUGCAAUCUGAGGGAAAGAAGCGACUAGUCCUUGUAAUAAACAAAAUUGAUUUAGUGCCAAAGGAGAAUGCAGAGAAAUGGCUGAAAUAUUUGGGAAAUGAAUUUCCUACUGUAGCUUUCAAAUCAUCUACGCAGCUGCAAGACAGAACAAUGGUAAAGAAAAAAAACUUUAAAGUUAAUAUUGAUAUGGAGAUAUCCCAUAGCAAUACCUGUGCUGGUGAUGAAAAUCUUUUAAAUUUGCUUGGGAGCUACUGCAGAAAUCAAAAAUUGAACAGCAUUAGAGUUGGUGUUGUAGGUUUUCCAAAUGUAGGGAAAAGCAGUAUAAUUAACAGCUUGAAGAAAAUGAGAGCUUGCAAUGUGGGACAAAUGAAAGGUCUUACAAAAUCUAUGCAGGAGGUACACAUCGACAAGAGGAUCAAAUUAUUGGACUGUCCAAGUAUUAUUGCUUCUCCGUCAAACUCUGCCAUUGCCUUGGCCUUGAGAAACCUUGUGAGUGUAGAGGCACUUGAAAAUCCUACCACUAUAGUGGAACUCCUGUUGAAGAACUGCAAUAAGCAGCAGGUUAUGUUACAGUAUAACAUUCCAGAUUUUCGAACACCACUGGAAUUUUUAAUGUUGCUGGCUCGGAAAAGGAGUAUGAUGAAGAAAGGAGGGAUGCCUGAUCUUGAGAAAGCAGCCAAACUGAUCCUUUGUGAUUGGACUGGGACUAAGAUUAGUUACCAUACCCGUCCACCAGCAACAGAACUAACCACAAAACUUGUGAAUGAAGCAGAAAGAGGCUUCAAUAUUGUAGAACUAAUGAAAGGCAAUGUGAAGACACUUAAAGUUGUUAAAUGUCCUAAUGCGGCCAGUAGUAUAGUUUUCCAAUCUACAGGACCCACAAAUGGACUGCUUGUAGAAAGAAACUCUGAGGAAUUGCAGGACGUGGAGGAGGAAGAAGUGGAUGAUGAAGAAAGUUCAGAGACAGAAUCUGAAGUAGACGAGGAUACAGUUGAAGGGUUAAAAGCAAACACAAGCUCAGUAGCCAAACAUUUGCAAAGAAAAGAAGUGGAAAUAUCCUCCAAGAAAAAGCAACAGGAUUCAGAGAAAAUAGAUCUCCCCAGCCAAAAACACAUAAAUAUAGAUCUCUCCUGUGAAAGAUCAAUAGAGGAUGCUUAUGACUUCAACACUGAUUAUAUUUGAGGAUCUACUACCAGUGCAGAUGUGUUUACUGUAGGGUGCCUAGUGUAUGGCUAUAAAAUUUGGACUCCACUAUAUUUGUUUAUAAAUAAAUGCAACUUUUUAAUCAUAAAGUGGCUUUUGGAUGUUAGGCUGUAAUGUAAGCAAUUUGUAUUAACUUGUGAAAUAUAGGAUAAGAGAAAUUAAAUAAUUUAAAACCA